CUCUGCACGGGGGGGAGGGAGACAGCGGGAGAGAGACACAGAUAUUACAAACAUCAGAGCAGGUAGUGUUUAGGGCAAGACUCCUUCCAGCUUCAACAACUGGUUUUUCCAUAAGAAGGAAUGAUCUACCACAAAUUCAGCCCAGUUUCUGGCUAAAACACUAAGCCAUUUUCCUCUUACUUCGUGGAUGUACAGGAAUUAAUUGAUUUAAAGGAAAAAUCUUAGGAAAAAGGUCCUGAAUACAAUGAUUUGGGAUGGCGUUGUGGAGGAUUGGUCCUGUGAUGCCUGUUGCUGUGGCCAGUGGAAUAGGCCCAUAUGCUCAGUGAAAGCAGUCAAAGGUAACAAGUGACAGGACAAGAGGAAAUGGCCUCAAGUUUUUCCAGGGAAAAAACCUCUUCAUUGAAAAGAUGGUCAAGAACUGAAACAGGCUGCUCACAGAAGUGAUGGAGUCACCAUCCUUGGAGGAAUUUGGGCCACAGAGAAGAAAAUUGAAUAUGAUGAAAAACGAAGAAACAAGUUUUAAUGUGGACAAUGCCCGAGCCUCUCCCUUCUCCCUCUGCCUGCAGCCUCUCAGCCCCGUUACAAAGCCACACAGAACAACGCAAUUUGAUGAAGAAUUUAGAGCACACCUCUCACAUUUCCGUUAUGGUCCUCCUCCUCUUGAAAACAUGGAAACAUUCCAGGGGUCCUUGGAAGGAGGGUCUCGCAAACGCAAGAGCAUGCCAACAAAAAUGCCUCCUCCCAUCACCCUUGAGGAUUCCUCAUCAUCACCAGAUCGACCUGAGGAUCACAAUGACAUAGGCUCUUCCAGUCUCCCCUUGGUGUUCCAACAGCCAGCUCAGCCCAAGUACAGUUCCCAGAUGAUCGACCUCUGCAACUUUGGUUUUCAAUUCUACAGAACUCUGGAGCAUUUUGGAGCCAAACCCAUUAAGCAAGAACCAGUGAAGCCUAACAUGGCAUGGCCCAGUAGCCCAGCAUUCAUGCAGGCUCCUUACCCUUAUUAUCCUAAAGUCCACCCUGGCUUAAUGUUUCCUUUCAUUGUACCACCAAAUUUUCAUUUCAGGAACCCUUUUCAAAUGAAAAGACCUCCAGAACCACCCUUCAGGAGGACUGAAGUAAGAGAAAGUGGUGAAAACAAACAGAAAGUGGAAAGAGUAGAUGUCAACCUUCAGAUAGAUGACAGCUACUAUGUUGAUGUGGGGGGUGAACAGAAGCGUUGGCAAUGUCCCAUGUGUGAGAAGUCCUAUACAUCCAAGUACAACUUGGUCACCCAUAUCUUGGGCCACAGUGGCAUUAAACCACAUGCUUGCACCCGAUGUGGCAAGCUUUUCAAGCAGCUGAGCCACUUGCACACGCAUAUGUUGACACACCAGGGCACUCGGCCGCAUAAGUGCCAGGUGUGCCACAAGGCUUUCACUCAAACCAGUCACCUUAAAAGACACAUGAUGCAACACAGUGACAUCAAACCUUACAACUGCAGGAUCUGUGGCAGGGGUUUUGCCUACCCCAGUGAGCUGAAAGCACAUGAGUCUAAGCAUGAGAGUGGACGAGAGAACAUUUGUGUGGAGUGUGGUCUGGACUUUCCAACUCUGGCCCAGCUGAAGAGACAUCUAACCACCCACCGUGGCCCUAUACAGUACAAUUGCACAGAGUGUGAUAAGACCUUCCAAUACCCAAGUCAGCUGCAAAACCACAUGAUGAAGCACAAAGACAUCCGCCCAUACAUCUGCACUGAAUGCGGCAUGGAGUUUGUGCAGCCCCACCACCUGAAGCAGCACUCCUUGACUCACAAGGGUGUGAAAGAGCACAAAUGUGGAAUUUGUGGCCGGGAAUUUACUCUGCUGGCCAACAUGAAGCGACAUGUGCUGAUCCACACCAAUAUCAGAGCCUAUCAAUGCCACUUGUGCUUCAAGAGCUUUGUGCAAAAGCAGACUCUCAAGGCCCACAUGAUUGUUCACUCUGAUGUCAAACCCUUUAAAUGCAAGCUGUGUGGAAAGGAGUUUAACAGAAUGCACAAUUUAAUGGGACACAUGCACUUGCACUCAGAUAGUAAGCCGUUUAAGUGCCUCUACUGUCCCAGCAAAUUCACCUUGAAAGGAAACCUAACCAGGCACAUGAAAGUCAAACAUGGGGUCAUGGAAAGAGGAUUUCACUCUCAAGGUUUUGGAAGAGGAAGGAUUGCUCUGUCCCAGACAAAUGUCUUGAGAAGCUUGGAACAGGAAGAGCCGUUUGAUCUUUCCCAGAAAAGCCAAGGGAAGGGGAUCUCAUUUCAUUCUGAUGGUGAGAGUGCCAAGGGAAGCUCAUGCCAGGAAGAAGAGGAAGACAACUGCUAUGAGGCGGAGCAAUACAGCCCUGCCACAUACCAUCAUGAUGACAGCAAGCUGUACAUGGCUCAAGAUCUCUCUGGCAAACCUGAGUGCAUGAUGAAGGACUUCAGGGAGUCCUACCACAAUGAAAAGGAAGAGGUGUUAAGUGAGGGAGGACUGGGGAAGAGAAUAGGAAAUUCAGACAAAGAGGAGAGACGUGGAGAGGGAGACCUUACAAACAGCAAAGAGCAUCUCAGCUUUAGAUCCUUUGAAAAGGCCAGACUUGGUCACUCUCUCUCUGAUUACUUGUAUUUCAAGCACAGGAACAAGAGUUUGAAAGAAUUGCUGGAAAGAAAAAUGGAAAAGCAAACAAUGCUUAUAGGCAUUUAAAAUGGACAUUUUAAAACAGCUGGAAAAUGGUAACCAGAUAGAUUUUAACAUGAAUUGUAAGCUACUAAAGCCUGGAAGGCUGUAGUAGCAUUUAGAAAUAAAUAAUUAUUAAAAAUAAUUUAGGGUAAAACACGUACAUUAAAAGAAUAAAGCAGCUUGAGGUCACCAAGAAAUGUAAUAGAUAUUGAAAAUAACACUUUAAUAUUUAUCCAUUUAAUGUAUAACAGACAAUGGGUUGGGUACAGAAGUUUACUUCCUAUUAUAUGGGGAUAGAUACUUACAUCCAAUUUUCUACUUAGCAGAAAGCUACAUACUUUAGCAUCUGAUUUAUUAUCUGACUGAAUAUAUAGGAAAACUUCUAACCACAUGCCUCAAAAAUACCUGAAAAUACAAAGUAUUUCACAUUAUAAGCCAGAGUACUAUUAAACAUGGCAUGCAUGAAAAUGCUGUCAACAUUCAGAACUAACACAGUCCAGAUACUUUGAUUUACUGAAGUGACUCUCAGUGUAACUACUUACAAUGAGAAAUGUGAAACAAAAUAAUAAGAAAAACUAAUGUCUUGGGAGGCAGAAAAGGACAGUUCUGUAAGGCUUUGAAAGGACUGGAAUUUAUUACAAAAGCUAGUUCUCUGGCACAAGGAAUGUUCGUGCUUUGCUGUGUUUCAGGCAGUAUGGGAAUAUUCAGAAAUUCUUGAAGUAAAAUAGCAUAGAUUGUGUUGACAUUUUGUUCUACUGCCUGCUUGAACCAGUACCUGUACAGGGCGGCAUCAGCAUGCAGCAUUCACAGUCCUGCCAUAGUUACACAUAACACAGUCAUUUAAUUGAAAAAAUUAAGCAGCUUUACCAUUUAUUGCUUCAGUUUAUCAUUACUAGUAAGGAUAAUUUUGAAAUACACAGAUCUGGUCAAUUUUUGUUUCAGAAGGUAAAAACUACCCUUACAGAACAAGCAGUACC